AUGGAUCCCAGAUCGCACCCUUCCCGUCCUCCCUCCACCAGCUUGCCUCCAGGCUCCACGCCCAUGUCUUCGACUCCCAUCUCGAGCAUGCACAUGCCACAAUACUCGAUGCAGCCGCAGUACCCGGUCUCGCAGCCGCACACUCUGCCUCCUCUGCAGCCGCAUCACCCUCAGUCGCCCGCACCGCACCAUUACAUGGGCCAGCCGUACCGCCCGGAUCUGUCGCGGUAUCCCGCUUCAACUCACGAUGUCUAUGGGGCCUCGACGGCCCCUAUGAUGCCGCACUCGACUGUCGGUAGCCUUCCGCCGUCGUCUAUGUUGAAUCUUCCUAAUCCUCAAACACAGGCGCAUCAGCAGUACCCCCCACCUCCCCCGAGCGUCCUCCCGCCCGCAUCCACCGCUCAGAGCUACCCUCAGCCGAUUGCCCCGGCUCCCCCACGCGACCGCCGCCCCGAUUUCAAUGGUCUCCCCUCCGGUGCUUUCAGCUAUUCCGAUGGUAAGGGUUGGGGAAUGACACCUGACGUGAAUGGCGGGAACGGCUCCCCCUACGCUAAGGAACAGCCUCGCACACAGGUCGUAGGCUCCCAGGGCCGUCGUGGCAUCUUGCCCAGUGUCCCUGGCCGCGCGACUCCCGUGGCCAACGGUGUCAAUGGCACCGCGAAGAGCACCACCAUCCCCGCCAAGGACGCCGAUGGAAAAUUCCCCUGCCCGCACUGUAACAAGACUUACCUCCACGCGAAGCACCUGAAGCGUCAUCUCCUGAGACACACCGGUGAUCGCCCCUACAUGUGUGUUCUUUGCAAGGACACCUUCUCUCGUAGUGACAUCUUGAAGCGUCACUUCCAAAAGUGCUCGAUUCGUCGGGGUAACCCGACUGGUGCCACUCACCUCUGCGGCUGCCGCGGCCAACCCCCGAAGCCGCUCCAGGAUGAAGUCAGUAAUACUGUCCCCCACUCCAAUGGUGUCAUGGGUGCGCAUUUCGAUGGGGCCGUGAAUGGCAAUGGAAUGGCCGCUGGCCGUCCCGCCUACACGGAUCAGCAGCCGCUUGGCUUCACGAUGCAGUCUGUCAACGGCAUGAACCGUGGUCCCGGUGACGACGCGUUCUCCGCUGGCCAGGCGCAAGCGCGAGCCUCGUGGAUGGCUGCGCCCAAGCAAAAUCCGUAUCUCAUGCACCACGGUGUAGAUGCCCAUGGCCAGCAGCUGACGGUUGAUCGUCCACUUGAACAGGUAAAGCCCCUGGUCCAUCCUGACCACAAGCCGGUGAUGCCCGGUCCCCCUUCACAUCCCGCCGGUGUUGACUGGAAUUCGAUGUUUCAGCAUGGCGCCUCAGAUGGUUACAUCAACCCCGUUUUCCCCCACUCCAUGGCCGCGGGCCAAGAGUCCAUCCACGCUCCCGUCGACCACGACCGCAAGUACUACCCUGCCACCACUGCCCCCGAGGGCGGCAUGAACGGUCUGUACCUUGCCUCGACCACCAUGGGUGGUGACGGUACCGUGCAGCCCGCGAGACAGUAG